AUGGCUUUUAUAGUGGAUCAACAAUCUGAGUUCAAAUACUUUUGCAAAAUUUGCAACAAACGAUUUGGGUGUGGGAGAGCGCUUGGUGGCCACAUGAGGUCGCAUGGAAUAGGCAACGAGAGCCGGUACAUUGUUGACGACGACACCAUGAGUGAUUGGGAAGACCAAUUAGGAGGGAACAUUGUGCCACCGGGCAGCAAGCGCAUGUACGGAUUAAGAACAAACCCUAAUCUAUUAAAGAGCUGUAGGGUUUGUGAGAAUUGUGGCAAGGAGUUCUUUUCAUGGAAAUCUUUUCUUGAGCAUGGUAAAUGUAGCUCUAGGGAUGCUGAAUCGCUUGGUUCCUCGCAAGAGGCUGAUAGCGACGACAAUGGCGUGACGAGGAGAGGCUCGGGUUACUUUUCUAAGAGGAAAAGAUCAUUGGUCUCCGAUUGUCCAUCAAACGAAGAGUUAGAUGUUGCCAAUUGCUUGAUGAUGUUAUCUAAUGCAACCAUUGUAGUACCUUUUGUUACCGAGCCUGAGGAGUCAUGUACUUCGGCUAGCAAAGAAGAAAUUGCGUAUAGGCCUAGGGUACCUAUGGAUAAGGGCAAAGGUGUAGCCAAAGGGUCGUUUGAGUGCAAAACAUGCAAGAAAGUGUUCAAUUCCCAUCAAGCAUUGGGUGGACAUAGAGCUAGUCACAAGAAAGUCAAGGGAUGUUCUGCAGCUUGGCUCGAUGAUCGUAAUCGUAGGGAUAAUAGUUCUACCAAUGAUGAUUGCGACAUGUUUUUGCCCCCCAAAUCUAUGCCAACAUUUCCGGUCGAUACAUUGGCCUCUACUUCCAAAAAGAAAUCAAAAGUACAUGAAUGUUCAAUAUGUCACCGGGUAUUUUCAUCGGGACAAGCACUAGGAGGGCACAAAAGAUGUCACUGGAUCACACCGAAUCCGCCUGCUUAUCACACUUCCUCUUUAGUUAAGUUUCACCGUUUUCAAGACAGCGUAAACCAGAUUCCGCAAACCCAAAGAUCAAGGUUUGUUGGUAAUUCUGAGCCGCUCGAUCUUCAGCUUGAUCUCAAUCUUCCUGCUUCGACAAAUGAGCUCAUACGACCGAACCAAAUUGAUCGAUCGAGUUUCGAUGUUUCACCAACAGUCUAUUUGCAACCUUGGAUUGCCGUUGAUUCCAAAGCAAAGGAAGAUAAUCUACAGAAACUGCAAGUUGACAACAACGAUACGAUGAAGAACAAUAUUUGUAAUAGUUCUAAGCAAGACGAGGAAGACAAAACUGGCAGUACGAUGAUGUUAGCGAAACUAAGUGAACUAAAGGACAUCAAUAUGAGAGGAAGUUCAUUUCCAUGGCUGCAAGUUGGGAUCGUUUCAACUACUAAUGUUGGUUCUCACCCUUAA